UUUUUUGCAGACCCGGAAGCGGAUCGCGUGGAUAGAAGGUCACACCGCAGCGCGUCAGUUUCCCUUUGUUUAGAUUCAAUCUGGGCUUCCCAGCUCCCCCGCGCUUCUGUACCCGGGAUCUGAGAGUCAACACAGACCUUGAAAUUCCCGCACCGCUCCCUCCACCCCGUGUAAAUUCAGGCGUCUCCGUGAGAGUCCGGCGGUCGCUUCCCUGUGUGUUAAAAUUGCUCGGCGACGGGUCCUGUCCCCGGUCGUUCUGCCUUGGGCCAGACACAGGAGUGUCACCAUGUUGCCCAAACUGGUCUCGAACUUCUGGGCUCAAGCAAUCCGCCUGCCUCGUUCUCCAAAUGUGCUGAGAUUACAGGCAUGAGCCACCACGCCUGGCUGAGUAUUCAGUAUUUAUAAAAUCUGCAGUGGUACACAGUUAUGUCGUAGGCCAUCCCAUUCGGUCACCACACACUCUCCGACUCAUCCAGAGCAAUUUCUAGUCCUGCAAGCAUCAUUCAUGGAUUGACUUCUAAACAGUCAUGCUAUUCGAUGAAGAAGCCCAGAAGAGGAAAGCAAAGGAGUCAGGGAUGGCUCUUCCUCAGGGACACUUGACGUUCAUGGACGUGGCCAUCGAAUUCUCUCAGGAGGAGUGGAAAUGCCUGGACCCUGGACAGAGGGCUUUGUACAGAGACGUGAUGUUGGAGAACUACAGGAACCUGGUCUCUCUGGGAAUCUGUCUUCCUGACCUAAGUAUUAUUUCCAUGUUGAAGCAAAGGAGAGAGCCCUUGACUCUGCAGAGUGAAGUUAAAAUAGUAAAAAAUCCAGAUGGAAGGGAAUAUGUCAGAAGCGUGAACACAGGGAGGAGCUGUAUAUUGGGAAGCAAUGCAGAAAACAAGCCUAUUAAAAAUCAACUUGGAUUUACCCUUGAGUCACAUCUGUCUGAAUUGCAGCCAUUUCAAGCUGGAAGGAAAAUUUAUGGAAGGAAUCAAGUUGAAAAGUUUACAAACCAUCGUUCCUCAGUUUCACCACUGCCAAAAAUUCCUUCUAGUUUCACGACACACAUGUUUAAUAAAUAUAGGAAUGAUUUUAUUGAUUUCCCAUUACUCCCACAAGAAGAGAAAGCAUACAUUAGAGGAAACUCUUAUGAACGUAGUGAAGAUGGUGAAGUUUUUAGAGUCCCUGCAAGCCUUACUAGCCAUCAAGGAAUCCAUACUGCAGAGAAACCUUACAAGUGUACUGAAUGUGGCAAGGUCUUCAGUCGCAAUUCACACCUUGUAGAACAUUGGAGGAUUCAUACUGGACAGAAGCCUUACAAAUGUAGUGAAUGUGACAAGGUGUUUAAUCGCAAUUCAAACCUUGCACGACAUCAAAGAAUUCAUACUGGAGAGAAGCCUCACAAAUGUAAUGAGUGUGGCAAAGCAUUUAGAGAGUGUUCAGGGCUUACUACCCAUCUUGUCAUCCAUACUGGAGAGAAACCUUACAAAUGUAACGAGUGUGGCAAGAACUUCAGACACAAAUUUUCUCUAACCAAUCAUCAGAGAAGUCACACGGCAGAAAAACCUUACAAAUGUAAUGAAUGUGGCAAGGUCUUUAGUCUGCUUUCAUACCUUGCACGGCAUCAAAUAAUUCAUAGUACAGAAAAGCCCUACAAAUGUAACGAAUGUGGAAGAGCGUUUCGCAAGCGUCCGGGCCUUAUGGCCCAUCUUCUAACCCAUACCGGGGAGAAACCUUACAAAUGUAAUGAAUGUGACAAAGUCUUUGGGCGCAAAUUAUACCUAACCAACCAUCAAAGAAUUCAUACUGGAGAGAGACCUUACAGGUGUAAUGCCUGUGGCAAGGUCUUCAAUCAAAAUCCACACCUUUCACGCCAUCGGAAAAUUCAUGCUGGAGAGAAUUCACUGCGUACCUUACAGAGGCAAUGAAUGUGGCAAAGUCUUUAGUUACAGUUCACACCUAGCACAGCGUUGGAGGACUCAGGAGAAAAACCUUACAAAUAUCAUAAAUGUGGCAAAGAAUUUAGUUUGCCUUCAAGCCUCAUCACCCGUCUCUUGAUCGACGCUGAAAGGAAACCUUACAAAUGUAAAGUUAAUAACAUACAUAUAUAUGUACACAAGUAAUCGAUAAAGAGAGAACAGUUAUAUCAGAAUAGAGCAUUUAAUGAAAACUACCAGUAUAGCAUAUUCUUAAGUAGGAUUCACAUUUAACUGCUGGCACUGUAAUUUGUAACUUUGAUUUAGAAUGUACAUACUUCUCAUGUUUUAAGUAACAAAGUUUAAAGUUGUUUUUUUUUUUUUUUUUUUGAGACCAAGUCUCGCGCUGUAUCACCGAGGCUGGAGUGCAGUGGCACAAUCUUGACUCACUGCAACCUCUGCCUCCCGGGUUCAAGCGAUUCUCCCGCCUCAGCCUCCUCAGUAGCUGGGAUUACAGGCAUGCGCCACUACUGCCUGGCUAAUUUUUGUAUUUUUAGUAGAGACGGGGUUUCCCCAUGUUGGCCAGGCUGGUCUCAAACUCUUGACCUCAAGUGAUCCACUGGCCUUGGCCUCCCAAAGUGCUGGGAUUACAGGUGUGAGCCACAGCGCCUGGCCUUGUUUAAAUUUUUCUUAGUGGGAAUGAAUCACAUCCUUUCUACCAACAUUGUUUAAUCUUACCUCAGGAGGAUACUUUAUAGUAGAAAAUAAUGUCCCAUUAGGAUUUUAAGGUUGAAGCAGCCAGAACAGUGUGUGUGUGUGUGUGUGUGUGUGUGUGUGUGUGAGACAAAACAACAUACGCUUUUGGGUGCAUAUACUUAGGUAGGUAUGAUUUUGAGUAAUUACACUUAGUACUUGAGUUAGUCUCUGUGUACUGUGGCGAAGGAUGCUUAUGUGGGUAAAGUCAAAAUCACUUUGUGAAUAGCAGUGCAAUGUCAGCCUUGUACACCCUCAAAUGUGCAUCACUGUUAAUGAGUAUGCCCCGUAUUAUGUUUCUAUAUGCCUCUUUCUUGUGUGCCAAAUAAGACCUAUGGCAUGUACCUUCAUUUUCAUGCAGCAAAAAUAAAUAGUAAUAUGACAAA